UGAUGUAUUUUUGCGGUGACUGGGCGGGUCUAUGCUGGUGUGCGCCAUGCGGGGGGUGUCAACUCAAGGAGAGGAGAGGAAGAAAAAAAAACGACUGGGAGUUACCUCCGCGCGCUGCGAGACAUGAGCUUGGGCCGUUUCCCACUCUGCCCCCGAACCCACUGAAGAAGACGAACCUCGGAGAUCAAAGAGCGCGGACAGACGGACGGAACCGGCCGCCGAACUGCGCCUUUUGGCGGAUCAGUGGGAAUCUGCGGGCGCGCUCGGCGUUUCUCCCCCCCUCCUCCUCCUCUGUCCGUGCGCACGCGUGUCGGCGUGUUUACAAGUGUUUGAAGGAGUGCCAGAAACGAGAGAAGAAGGAGGACAAACCCGUGGAAAGAGGGAUGGUGGACAAUUCCAGCAGUAGUAAGGCACAAACGCCCAGCAUGUCUCAGGAGCCCGGUGUGGCCUUCCCACAAAGCUCCUCCACAGGGGGAAUGAAGCUGGAGGCAGUGAUGGAGCAGCUCCAGCGCCAGCAGCAGGCCCGGCUGGAGAUGGAGCGCAAGGAGCGGAAGCUGCGAGAGGCCCACAUCAUGUACGCCCAGCAGGUCGCCGCCCAGCAGGCCAUUCUGGCAGCGGCCCGGGCCUCCGGCACUAACUUCAUGGGCAAAGGUCUGGGUGGAGGCAUCCCCGGCAGCGGCGUGCCCCCUCGAAUGUCCAAUCAGAGCAGCGUGGACUCAGAAAGAGAGGAUGACGAGGACAGGGGCCGGGAUUCUGCAGACGAGGACGACAACGAGAUGAUGGAGGGAGACGAGGGCAGCGAGGACGAUGAGGGCAGCGCCAGUGGGCUGGAGUUCCUCCACAAGCAGACGCUGGCUCUGCAGCAGAACGUGUCCCGCAUCCCGGCCCGCCCGUUCGCCAGCUACACCGCCUCGGCGCCCCAGAGGGCUCCCUCUCCUCCUGUCAGGGUGAAGCAGGAACCCGAUGAGGGUCUGUCCCCCGCGGGGCCCAACUCCGCCGCCUCCCCUAACGGACAGGCCGAGUGGGGCUUCGAGGACCACUUCAGACAGAAUGGCAGUGGAGGAUGGACAGAUGAAGCCGACAGCAACAGAGGAAGAGGGGAAGCCUCCAGGGACUUUGCAAAGCUCUACGAGCUGGACAGCGAUCCCAAACGGAAGGAAUUUUUGGACGAUCUCUUCACCUUUAUGCAGAAACGAGGAACCCCCGUCAACCGGAUCCCCAUCAUGGCCAAGCAGGUCCUGGACCUGUACAUGCUCUACAAGCUGGUGACGGAAAAGGGAGGCCUGGUGGAGGUUAUCAACAAGAAGAUCUGGAGAGAAAUCACAAAGGGACUCAACCUGCCCACAUCCAUCACCAGCGCCGCUUUCACUCUGCGCACACAGUACAUGAAGUAUUUGUACCCCUACGAGUGUGAGAGGAAAGGGCUCAGCUCCCCUGGCGAGCUGCAGGCCGCCAUCGACAGUAACCGCCGCGAGGGCCGUCGCCCCAGCUACAGCAGCAGCCUCUUCCGCUUCUCCCCCUCUCCCAGCACCGCCCCCCAUAUCCUCUCUCCUCCCAAGAUGCACCUCUCCGGCUUGGGUGCAGGGACCUCUGUGACCCUCAACGGGCUGCAGGCCUCACCGGGACCCUCCAUGAAGAAAGAUGACCUGACCACCUCAAUGAUGGCUGCCAGAGCUCCCAUAGCGCUGCCUCUGGCUCAGCAGCAGGUUGCCGGUUUGGCGAGAGCCGCCACGCUGGAACAGCUGCGAGAAAAGCUGGAAACCGGCGGAGGAGCCGAGGGUCCGGAGAGGAAGAUGGCCCGGCUGGCUGAGGAGCAGCAGCGUCUGAUGCAGCAGGCGUUCCAACACAACCUGCUGGCCAUGGCUUCUCAGAUGCCCAUGAACCUGCGCCUGGCAGCUCCUGCUGUCGCCACCAGAGAGGAGAAGCAGCAGGAUAUGUCCCUCAGCAUCUCAACCAAUGGGAACGCCAGCAUCACUGUCUCAGUGGAGGUUAAUGGGACCAUCUACUCAGGAACCCUGUUUGCCCAGAAGUCUGGGGGGGCCCCGGGCCCCGCUGUGCCUGCCGCUGCUUCAGCCUCCCCUGCUGGAACCAGCGCCAGCUUUGGCUUCUCCGCAGCCCAGGCUCAGACCCUCAGCCCCUCCUCCUCCACCUCCUCCAAGGGCCCCGGCUUAGCUGAGGCGGCCCCCGGCGGGUCACCCUAACUCCACCCACGCCCUCCCUUUUUUUUCCUCCUCUCCAUGCUCCCCGGGCCUCCGCUCCUCCUGGGAGGCUGCAGCAUGAGCAUACAGUAACCGAUAAAAAAAACAAAAACAAAAAAAAAAACUGUUGCACAACAAA